CUUAUCUCAGCGCCAGCUCUGCUGGAGACAAAGCUUAGCUUGGAGGUUAGGGCGCCUCCAUAUUGCUCGCAGCCGGUUUUGGCUUCUGAGACGCUGAAAGCUGCAGGGACGUGUGUACUUAGAGCUCCAGAAGCACUUGUCUCUCCCAGCCCGGAAACAGCUUGACCCUCAGGUCUAACAAAGGGCCUAAUCGCCGCUGUACGGCACGGGUUGAAACAUGGCUGCUCCCGACAAGGCGUCAAGAGGGCGCGGCCAUCAGGCCUCCCGUUAAAGUUCAGAAACCCAGAAUCCUGUUCGUUGGAAGCUUGCCAGGUGGAGGCCCACAGCGUGACUGAGUCUGCGCACUGGCCACUCGGAAUGGGAAGAGAUUAUACUGCGGUGAGGCGCCGGGGUACCGAGAUGGAUUUCGGGUUAUGGGCGCGGAUCCAGGAAAAAUGGGAAAGGUCCUUUCUGGCAACAGUAAUAAUGUAUCCACCUGUGACAGCAUCCCAAGAGUGAGGCUGGUUUCUGGAAAUCUAUUCUGACUCCGUGGCAGCUAGGAUGGAUGUGACUUUGCCUGUGGUUAAAAAACAAAGAAUUUACUGAGUAACCCGAGUCCCCGUACACCUGUGGGUCCCACCACCUCGCUGACAGCAGGGCUCCACGGGACCGAGUCCGCAGAAGGCCCUGCCUGGGGCCACAGCUGAGGGAUUCAAAUCUUUUUCCAGGAACAGCAGAAAAUGAUUGAGUGCCAGAGAGCUGUGUCAUUCAAAGACGUGGUAGUGGGCUUCACUCAAGAGGAGUGGCACAGGCUGAACCCUGCUCAGAGGGCGCUGUACCGGGAUGUGAUGCUGGAGACCUAUAGCAACCUUGUUUCAGUGGGUUAUGAAGGCACUAAACCCUAUGUGAUCCUCAAGCUGGAGCAGGAAGAAGCACCGUGGAUUUGUGAGGCGGCAUGCUCGGGCUGCCACUGUCGGGAAAACAUUUGUCAAGUUACUGUCCAGAGGAAAAGACAGCAAGACAUGAUUUUGAAACAAGGGGCAUUCAUCAGCAAGAAAACAUUGCCCAAGGAAAGAAGCCAGGAAAACAAUAAGUUUGGGAAAAUACCAUCUCUGAGCAGUAAUCUUUUUCCUUCAGUGCAAGACCCCAAUAAUUGGGACCUCUAUGGAAAACGUGUGAACCAUAAUUUAGACCUGAUUGGUUUUAAGAGAAACUAUUCCAAAAAAGAUGAGUGCUGUGGAUGUGGGAAAUUGUUACAGCAUACAAACCAUGAUAGAAAACCUAAUGGAGAAGAACUCUGGGAAUGCAGUCGCUGUGAGAGAGUGUUCAGCCACAACCCAGCACCUGUGUGCAAACCAGCAAUAAGCAAUUCUCUUGUGUACAAGCGCAAAAGGGUUCCACCUACAGAGAAACCCCAUGUCUGUAGCGAGUGUGGGAAAGCCUUCUGCUACAAGUCUGAAUUCAUUAGGCAUCAGAGAAGUCACACUGGGGAGAAGCCAUAUGGAUGCACUGACUGUGGGAAAGCCUUUUCACAUAAGUCAACCCUUAUUAAACACCAGCGAAUUCACACUGGGGUAAGACCCUUUGAAUGUUUUUUUUGUGGGAAAGCCUUCACUCAGAAAUCACACCGCAGAGAACAUCAAAGAACACAUACUGGAGAAAGACCCUUUGUGUGCGGUGAAUGUGGAAAAUCAUUUGGUGAGAAGUCAUACCUCAAUGUACAUCGAAAAAUACACACAGGAGAAAGACCGUAUCGUUGUAGAGAAUGUGGAAAAUCCUUCAGCCAAAAAUCAUGCCUCAAUAAACACUGGAGAACUCAUACAGGAGAAAAACCCUAUGGAUGCAGUGAAUGUGGCAAAGCUUUCUACCAGAAGCCAAACCUCAGUAGACAUCAGAAAAUUCAUGCCAGAAAGAAUGCCUAUAGGAAUUAAAACCUGAUAGUUGUGGGAAAGCCUUAAGCAAGGUAUCCUAUUUCAUUGUAUGCGGAGGCAUUCAUUUUCAGGAGAAAUCUCAUUGAUUUAAUGAAUUUGGACAAAAUGUUUUAUCAUAAGGGAAGUCAUUUUCUAAUUGUGAUAGAAAACUUUAUACAAAGAUUAUAGAAAACACUUUAUAAAAAAUAAACAUGGUCACUCUGGCUUAUGAAAGUUUAAAAAUAUGUUAAUGGAAUGACAACAGAAUACAAAAUAUAUGUGAAAGAAUUGGUAUAUUAUAGCAUAUUCCACAGUGAGCCACAUAAUAGGGAUUAUUUAUAUUUUGGGAAUGUAAAUGUGAAUUUAAAUGAAUUUGUGAAUGUCAAGCACAUUUGUCACAUAGUAUGUAGAAGGCCAUUCACCAAACUUUUCCACUCUAAAUAUCACCAUUGUCUUCUAGUGUCUUAACAAUAUAAAAAAUAAGAACACUGGUUAAUGUUGAAAAGGCAAAGCUAAGGAAUAAUUUCACAACCUAAUGUUGGAUGAACAACAUACUAUAAAUCUGAUUACUCAGCACAGCCAUUUUUUGACAAAAAGUAGUGUGACCCUGGUAUAUUGUGCACUACUUCUAUUUUAUUAGUCAGGCUUAACAUGCCUUGCAGCAAAUUAGUAGGAAAGAUACUGUGUAGAUGAGUCUUAUAAUUCAGAAAUGUUUCUUACAGAGACCAAAGAUAGAAUUUUUUGGGUUUUUUUUCUUUUUGCAAAUUAAUUCAGCAAUAUCCACUUUCCUUUCCUAUCAAGUUUUCUGUGAAUAUUCUGGGCAUUAAAACCCAAAUUGUUUCAUCAUUCCAAUCUUGAAAAAAAAUCUACUUCUUGAGCUGCUAUGUCGUCCAAAUAAGACAAAUGGCCACACCAUUCAAGAUUUGCCUUCUGUAAGAAUGCCUGGUCCAGAAUGAGAAAGGAAACAAUCAUAUGAGCUCUGGGUGUUGUAUGUAAGUGAUGAAUCCCUAAAUUCUAAACCUGAAACUAGUAUCACACGGUACGUUAACUAACUGGAAUUUAAAUAAAAAUUUGUAAAAAAAAAUCAGAUAAAGAUAUGAUUAAAAGAAUAAUAAAAGACGCUUCAUACAAAUCUAGAUCCACUUGUUUUUAAAAGAGGAAAUAAAUGCUUUUCUUGCAAAAUAUAAGUUAGGAAAAUUGCAAUAAGAAGUAGAAACUUAAUAGAACAAGUACCAUUGAAGAGUUUGGAAAAAUGAUUAAAGAUCUAGGAUUGAACAAUGCUCGAAGGCCCAGAUGAUUUCAUAAUUAGUUUCAUCUAACUUAAAGAGUGAUACCAGUGUUAUUUGAAGCAUUUCAGCUUAUAGACUAUGUUCUCCAGUUUUAUGAAGUCAGAAUAAGUUUUAACACCAAAACCAAAUAAAGGUGUUUGGAAAAAAGAAAACUCCAGGCCAGUCUUACUCAUGAAUUUAGAAACAAAAAUUAUAAUUAAAGUAAUACCAAAUAGAAUUCAGCAGUAUACCUAAAGAAUGACAUAAUGACCAAGGAAGAAUUAUUCCAAGAAUACAGAGCCAAUGCAGUAAUAGGAAAUAAAUCAAUAAAUUAACAGUUUAAAAGCUGACAAGGCAUUUAAUAGAAUUUGCAAAUAUUUCCAAUCUAAUAAAAUACAAAUUGAAUUGUCAUAUAUAGUAACCACUUAAGAGUUCCUUUACCAAAACAUUAUAGCAUAUUUUAUGCUAAAAGUGUUUUUUGAAAAUUAAGAAUUUAAUAGUAUUAGAGAUACGGGCAUUUACUGCUGUCUGUUUUAACUAAAUAUUGUGUUGGAGUUUCCAAAGACGGCAGUAAAAAUAAAAUUAAAUAAUUGGUAUAGACAAAAAAGGGGGAAACUUUUUGAUAAUAUGUCAAUAAAUGAAGAGACUAGUGUUUGUGUUAAAAGAUAAUUUUCUAAGAAGACAGUAUAGAAAUUAAAAGUUUUCUCUGUAAACAUCUAAUAACUUACCUGCACUUCUUCUGGAAUUACACUAAAUGUCAGUGAUUAAAAUCCAUAUGGAAGAACAAAUGCCUAACAAUCUAGACAAGAAAAGUAUGAAGAAGAAUUUCAUACCAGAUGUCGGAAUAUAACAUGAAAUCACUUUAAACAAAUUAACAAAGUAUUGGCAAAGGAACAGAUAAAUACAUCAAUGGAUCAGAAUAGAAAAUCUUGAAACAGACCUCAGUGUCCACGAGAAAGCUCGAUAUGAAGGCCUAUGGGAAAGGCGGAGCUUCACGCCAUCAGGGAAAGGAAUGGUUUAUUUAAAAAGAAUUCUGGUACAAUUGGCUUUUACUCAGGAAGCAAGUAAACUUUGACUAACAGCCCAAACCACAUGAAAAAAAAAUCCAGGUGGUUUUAAGAUUUAAGUUAUUUAAAUAAUAAAAUUCUUGAAGGAGAAGUGAAAUGAAAGACCACAUACAAUCUAGGAGUUGGAAAGAUUAACUUUACCAACAAGAUACUUGAAAGCUAUUAAAAAGUAUUUGACUACAUAAAAGUGCAAUCUUUUGUAUGGCAAAAGGUGCCAUCAACAAAGCCAAUACACAAUGUUUUUGGAUGAAAUAUUUGCAAAGCCAAUCAGAGAAGAGGUGCUCUUCAAAUGGCAGGAAAAAGAUAACUUAAUGGCAAAACAUGGCAGAGGAAUGUGAAUAGACGAUUGUAAAAAACAGCAAACCCAACUGGCUGGUGGGCCUAUCAAAAACUGUCUAGUUCAGUGGUUGUUGGGGAAUACAGAUUAAACUCAGUGAGGUGGGGGGCCUGGAUGGGUUAAGGCUCAGGUCAUGAUCUUGCAGUUAAUAAGUUUGAGCCCUUUACUGGGCUCUGUGUUGACAGCUCGG